UUGUCAUCUGUCACUCUUAGUAGGGUGGCGUUUUCGAGAAAAAAAAUCUAUAAAUCGUUAAUUUCCAACGGGAAAUAUUGACUGAAUGAUCGAAUUGAAGGUCAACCGAAGUAAAUCGAUGAUUGAGGCUGAAUUUAUAACCUGUAUUGUUUGGGAUGAUCACUGGUAAUCUGUGGAGGAACAUGUUCGGCUUCGUACUAGUUUUCCUCAAUAACAUACUCUAGGUAAAUGAUAUAAAAGAGAAAUUCUCCCUCAGAAGAACUUCCUUCCUUCAUCAGUUUUGAGCAGCAUUGAGAUAGAUUUUGGGAAUGUUUGUGUGGUUAAUGGUACUACAUGUAACAUUACCAAUAGCAGCUCUUAAAGUGUAAGAGAACAGUGAAUUAUUGUACUCCUACUUUAAACAUUACAACAACAACAACAAAUAACAUCUGUUCUAAAUAUUAGAUUUAUGCAUCAUUAGUGAAAUCUGGUUGUAGUCCUUUGAGAUAUUUUACUUAAUUUAUAACAGAUUUAUUGAAUAAUCUUUUGUAAACAAUUUUGUGUUAAGACUUGUCAGUUAAAUACAUUGUCAUUUACAGAACAGGGCAGGACAAAAGGCUAAAAUGAAUCUAGAACAUUCUGUAGAAUUACCUUUGAAAAGUGAAAGUGAAGGUACAUUAUCACUACCUUCCAUAAAUCAAGAAAACAGCAACAUGACUGCCUUUAGUGAAACCAGUGAUAGUAACUUUUUGUCUAUGGAUCCAUUGAUGGACAUCAAAAUAGAGCCAGAGGUAUUCUGUGAGUCUAAUGAAGAUGGUGAAUAUUCAUAUGGAAUGAAUUCUGUAGUGAACGAAAAAGAUCCACUACCUUGCAAAAAGGAAAUAGUACAAGAACGAAUGAAUAGUCACGAUGAGGAGAAGGAUUUCAGGUACACUGACUGUGAAAAACCAUUUUACAAAAAAGUUAAUCUUACAAGUCAUAUCACAAAUCCUACCAGAGAGAACCCUUUCAUAUGCAAGGAAUGCGGGAAAGCAUUUUCCAUGAAGCAUAAUCUUGCACGUCAUAUGAAACUUCAUACUGGAGAGAAGCCAUUCAUAUGUAAGGCAUGUGGGAAAGCAUUUUCCAUGAAACAUCAUCUUACAUAUCAUAUGAGAAUGCAUACUGGAGAGAAGCCGUUCGUGUGCAACGAGUGUGGGAAAGCAUUUUCCCUAAAACAAAACCUCAUACGCCAUAUGAACACAUUGUCAGUACAGAAGAGGACAGGACAAAAGGCUAAAAUGAAUCCAGAACAUUCUGUAGAAUUACCUUUGAAAAGUGAAACUGAAGGUGUAUUGUCAUUACCUUCCAUAAAUCAAGAAAACAGCAACUUGGCUGCCUUUAGUGAAACCAGUGAUGAUGACUUUUUGUCUCUGGAUCCACUGAUGGACAUCAAAAUAGAGCCAGAGGUAUUCUGCAAAUCUAAUGAAGAGGAAGAAUAUUCAUGUGAAAUGAAUUCAGUAGUGGAUGAAAAGGAUUCACUAACUUGCAAAAAGAAAGUAAAACAAGAAAGAAGGAAUUGUCACAAUGGAGAGAAGUCUUUCAGAUCUACUGACUGUGAGAAGGUAUUUUACAAUGAAAUUAAUCUUACAAGUGAUAUCACAAAUCCUACCAGAGAGAAAACAUUCUUGUGCGAUGAAUGCGGGAAGGCAUUUUCCUUGAAACAUAAUUUUAUAGUUCAUAUGAGAAUCCACAGUGGAGAGAAGCCAUUCAUGUGCAAGAAAUGUGGGAAAGCAUUUUCCAUGAGACAUAAUCUUACAGUUCAUAUUAGAAUUCACACUGGAGAGAAGCCAUUCGAGUGCAAGGAAUGUGGAAAAGCAUUUUCCCAGAAACCAGAUCUUACAAUUCAUAUGAGAAUACAUACUGGAGAAAAGCCAUUCAUGUGCCAAGAAUGUGGGAAAGCAUUUUCCAUGAAGAAUAAUCUUAUAGUUCAUAUGAGAAUCCACACUGGAGAAAAGCCAUUCAUGUGCCAAGAAUGUGGGAAAGCAUUUUCCCGUAAAGCAAGUCUUAUCAUUCAUACGAGAAUCCACACUGGAGAGAAACCAUUCAUGUGCGAGGAAUGUGGGAAAGCAUUUUCCCAGAAGUCAGAUCUUGCAAUUCAUACGAGAAUCCAUACUGGAGGGAAGCCAUUCAUGUGCAACGACUGUGGGAAAGCAUUUGCCAAGAAAUCACAUCUUACAGCUCAUAUGAAAAUCCACGCUGGAGAAAAUGACAAAUGAUAAUGAACAAAGAUGCUGGAAAGGUACCGACCAGGAUAAAACCAUCCCCUCGACUCAUUUCUGCGCCAGGCGGGUCGUUGAGUCUUGCAGGAUAGUUCAACAUAGUAGGAACUUGCUCUUAACAAAAAAAAAGAAAAGAUUAGAAUGCCAGCCCUCACUAUAGGUGGUUCACUUAAGGUAGAUUCUUAGAUGAGCCCUAGUGCUUUGGCAGCCGCUGAUUGGCUGGUACCGGGAGGCAGGCAGCUCCCAGCCAAUCAGCGGCCGCCAAACAAACGUCUUGCAGGCACAGGGAUCAUCGGAGAAUCUACGUUAAGUGAACCAGCUAUAGAUACAAGUGAAAUAUAAACUGCCAUCAAAGUGACCACACACCAUUACAGCAUAAGGUCUUCUUGGACAUUUAUUUCAUAAGUCCUCACUUAGUCCAUUAAUUAAAGAAACCAGUGACUGUUAUGCAUAUCUUGUAUGUAAGCCCUAGUGAUGGUGUGUAUCUCGUGUACCUGAUCAGUGCAGAGAAUAAGUGUUGGGUGUGUUUGGUAUGUAUGCACUAGAGACCUUAUGUAAUUCCUCAGCAUGAUGAGUCUUGUUUUGUCAACUUGAUCACUUUUCAGUGUUACCUUGUACAGUAAUGCUUUUGUUUCUCCUGUGUGGUAUCAAAUACUAUUGGGAUUACCUCACAGGAUGUGAUAAGCUAACAUGCUCCUAUGUUUUGUAUCAAAACAGUUGUAUUUUUGUACACUCAAU